GAGGAUGGAAGCGCGGGAGGUGGAGGAGGACGCGCACAUUGGCGCGAUGCUGCGCGCGAUGGCGUCGUCGCGCAAGAUCUUUAGCUUGUCUAGCGGGAGAUCCAGGGCGGAUUUCUUCCGGCGCGUCGCUGCCCUCUCCAAGGGAUUGCGGGAAUUGAUCCAAUACGGGGAGCGCGUCGCGAUUGCAGCCCUUACGAGCGAAUACUAUCUUGAAUGGAUGCUGGCAGUGCCCUGCGCUGGUGGAAUCGUUACACCUCUUAACUAUAGAUGGAGUUUUGAUGAAGCAAAUGCCGCAAUCCAGCUUGUCCGGCCUGCGAUUCUCGUUUUGGAUGAGCAAUGCCGGCACUGGGCUCUUCGUGGAGAGUCUAUAAUGCGUUGCAAUGGAGAGACCGAAACAAAUCUGGAUCUGUGUUUCGCUCCUAACAACAUUGCUUUGAUUUGUUUCACUUCGGGAACCACUGGAACACCUAAAGGAGUGUCCCUCACUCACAGGGCUUUGGUUGCGCAGUCCCUGGCAAAGCUUGCCAUUGUUGGUUAUUCGAGCAUGGAUGUCUAUCUUCAUACUGCACCACUUUGCCACAUAGGUGGGAUUUCUUCUGUGCUGGCCAUGGUCAUGGCUGGAAGCCAGCAGCUUUUUCUCCCGAAGUUUGAGACUAGUGCCGUCCUCCAAGCCUUGAAAGACUACGAGAUUUCUACAAUGAUUGUAGUGCCGACAAUGCUGCGAGACAUUUUGGAGCCUGGAAAGAGUGGAAGUGAUCAAGUUUUCCCCAGCAUGCUAACAAUUCUGAACGGUGGCGGGUCAGUUCCAUCGCGUCUUCUUCCUGCUGUCAAGAAAACUUUCCCAAAUGCACGGCUCUUCUCUGCAUAUGGAAUGACCGAAGCGUGUUCUUCCAUGACAUUUUUACGGCUUGAUGGACAUGUCCCACUUGGUGUGGGUUCGUGUGUUGGGAAGCCGCCUCCUCACGUACAAGUCGGGAUAAAAGAUGGUCGGAUAUUCACCCGGGGGCCUCAUGUUAUGCAUGGCUACUGGGGACAAACCAUAGAAACAGCAGGUGUUCUGCAGCAGGAUGGCUGGCUUGACACUGGAGACAUUGGAAAGAUAGACAAAGCUGGAAAUCUGUGGCUGCUGGGCAGAGCGAAAGAUGUAGUGAAAACUGGUGGCGAAAACGUAUACGCCUCAGAGGUGGAGAUGGUUCUUUCUCAGCAUCCAUCGGUUUCUUCUGUGGCUGUUGUUGGCGUCCCUGAGUCGCGGUUGAGCGAGAUCGUUGCUGCCGUGGUGAGGCUUCACGACGGAUGGACAUGGUCAAUAAGCGAGCAUCCCAUGACGGUUUCUGAAAGUGAUUUACGGCUGCAUUGCAGCAAGCAGGGGCUUUCGAGAUAUAAGAUCCCAAAACUCAUCGUUCAACGGCAGGAUCCAUUUCCUGUGACGUCAACGGGGAAAGUUAGGAAGGACAUGAUUAAGGCUGGCCUUUCUAAGCUAUAAAAGAUUUUUUUAUUUUUCUUC